CUCGUCGCUUGCCGUAUGAGAACCAAUGCGCCAUGGAGACGGAGGAUAAUCAAUUGGAAGGCACUGCACAGUUGGCCCCAGUGGGAGAAAACAUGCACAGUGCCGAUCUGCUCCCUUCAGACUACAUCCCAUUCUUCUCAGACCAACCUGAAGACAACAACGGCGAUCAGAAUAUGAACGACGUCAGCGCUGUACCAGAUGCUGCUGCACCUGCUGCUACUGGGGGUACCCAAAGCGGAGCGAAGCGGCGGAAAAAGAAGAAAAAGAAAAAAAAGCCGAAUGCUGCCCCAGCCGACGGCGCCCCAUCGGCACCAGCAAUCGGCAAGCCCUCGAGCACAGCCAUAGUAGCCCCGACCCUGGCAACCUCGGCGGGGGCGCCGAAAGCAGCGGUUGGAACGCGGGUAGAGGCGGCGGCGGGCGUGCCGGUGGUAGCGGUGGCAGUCGCGGCAGCUGCGGCAGGAGCGCAGAAGCAAGGGGCGGCGGCAACCAGCGGUCCGACGCUCACGAAGAACAAGAAGCGCAAGAUCAAGAAGAAAUUGCGCAUAAAGCUGCUGAAGGCGUCGGGCGUGCAGGUGCCUCCGUCGCCCGCCGAGCUGCGGAAGAGGAAGCUGAAGAAGAAGCGGCGAAAGGAGCGGCUGAAGAGCGUUGGGCAGAUAGCAGCGGCCCAAGCGGAGACUCAGCCCAGCGAUGUACCAAUGGAGGAAAGCAGCAAGGACCUGGACAAGGAUGAACUUCAGGUGGAUCAAGUGACUAAAGAAGCAGGUGGAGACUCUGUCGUUCUUGCUGCAGAGCCUGCGGACGGGCUCGCUGAGCGCCAGCAACCCGUCGCUGCCGGCCUCGCUCGGGGUCACACUGCUGCACUCGAGCUACAACGGCCUGGAGAAGGCGCUACGGACCGCGCGGCUGAGCACCUCGCUGGCCGAUGAGAUUGCUGCUCACUUACAGGGUCACCGACAUCAGGCCACUCAAGAAUCAUAAGAAAACUAAUCAUGCGCAGCUCAUGAUUUGACCCACCAUCUAGAAUUUUGCAUUGUCUCUGGGCUGUACGCCUUUUGGCAUCCUCUGGUCUAACACUGUUUGAGACGAGGCUCAAAAGAAAGCUGUCUCUGUGGACCAAUCAGUUUCAAGGACAAUGCAUGUAUUAUCAGAGUGUUUUUUUGUUUUUAUUCUGACCACAAACAUUGUGGUUAAUGCAGACAUGAUUCCUUGUAAAAGGUUUCAGUUUGGUGCUUUAUCAUCUUAACACCUGUUUUGUUGCCAGAAAAAAAGAGGAAAAACCUAUUAUCAUGUCUAGAAUGUGCACGUAGAAUGGCUUCAGAUGUAAAUUAGUACCGGAAUGUGCGAUGUGUUUGUGACGUUUCUACUUGCUCUGGUUUUAAUAAAAACACAAAUUUG